GAGCGCAUUGGUGAACACCAAGCCCAGGUAAUAAAAUAAAAACUGGAGGAUGGGGUCUUGCGGCUUGGUCUUGCCCUUCCCAUGCCAACCGGACGGUACAGGUAUGUUGUGCGCCUGCUCGCUAUAUCAUGGCCACUAUUCACCUUCACCGUAUCGUCCUGCACCCCUACCCGACUGUCGUGCUUCCAAUCCUUCUUUUAACACGAUCCUUCUGUGUCCCAUGACGGCUCUGACGUGGAUUGCCUCUUUUGUCUUUAAAUUCCCUUUGUGACCCUCUCCCGCGUCAUGAGUCCAUAGAGUCGCCUUCAUCGUUACCAUUUUGGCUUGCGUCCACGGAUAAAUUUUUUCUGGGAGUCCCAUCCGAUCUCUCGCUCUCGCCAGUCAUCAUGUCGAGCGCAAGAUUGGUCUUCUGGAGACCGGAGUCGCCAGCUACAUCAUCGGAGAAAGGGCACCAACCCUUCCCAUGGAGGCAGUUGGGAGUACUGGCAUUGUGUCGGUUAUGCGAGCCCAUCGCCUUCAUGUCCAUCUUCCCCUACAUCUUCUUCAUGGUCAAAUGGUUCAGCAUCACCGAGAAUGAAAACGAGAUCGCCACCUACACCGGUCUCGUCACCGCGGCGUUUGCGUUUGCCGAAUUUGUCGCGGCCAUGGUGUGGGGGCGGAUGAGCGAUCGCAUCGGCCGGAAGCCGGUCCUGCUGAUGGGGAUGUUUGGAACGGGGCUUAGCAUGCUGCUGUUCGGAUUAGCCCCAUCGAUAUGGGUGGCAUUGGUGGCGCGGAUACUUGGUGGUCUCCUCAAUGGGAACAUCGGUGUGAUCCAAACCACUGUCUCGGAGAUUGUCACGGCUCCGGAGCAUAUCGCCCUUGGGUAUUCCAUUAUGCCGUCAGUGUGGUGCAUUGGGUCCAUUAUUGGAGGCAUCAUCGGAGGAUCCUUGGCCGAUCCAGGAAAGAACCAUCCGUCAUGGUUCUCGGCCGACUCCAUCUUCGUACGAUUCCCUUACUUGCUACCUAAUGUAUUCUGCACUGGAGUGGUGCUCUUCUCGCUGUCGGUGGGAUUUCUGUUCCUCGAGGAGACGCACGAGGAGAAGCGUCAUGGACGGGACAGGGGUGUGGAGUGCGGCGAUGCCCUUCUGCGGUGCUUCGGCCAAGGUCGCGAAAUUCGGCUGAACGAGGAAGAGACGAUGCGAUUUUUGCAGGAUGGAGCGCCGGCCUGCCCAUCCACCGAUUCGCUACCCACCCUGAUUUCGCUGCCUUCUUCCCCGUCGGGACGAACCAGCCCGGAAAAUUGCGAACCGCUGCGGCCGAAGACGCCCCCCUUACUUCGAGCUUUGACCAAACAGGUCCUUCUCAAUAUCGCCGCGAUCUUCAUUCUCGCAUUCCAUACCAUUUGCUUUGAGCAGCUUCUCCCGGUUCUGUUCGCCGAGCAACCCUCCCGAACUACACCGCAGCUUCCGUUCAAGUUCGACACGGGGUUCGGCCUGUCCGAGACAUCGAUCGGCUGGAUCGUCUCCGCUCAGGGAGUACUCCAAAUAAUCGCCCAACUCGUCGCCUACCCGCGGUUAAGCAAUCGAUUCGGCUGCCUCCGCGUCUUCCAGGGCGCUGUCUUCUCCUACCCGAUCCUGUACUUCGGCAUCCCGUACCUGGCUCUCCUUCCAUCCUUCCUCCACGGACCGGGUAUCCUUCUCGUCCUCGUCUGGAAAGUGUGCGCCCAAGCAUGCACGUUCCCCUCGCUCAACGUCAUGCUUUCCGAAACGGGUGACCGCCGACUGCGGGGCACGCUCCUGGGCAUCUCUAUGUCCGCGGCCAGCCUCAGCCGCGGCAUCGGGCCGAUCGUGUCGGGCGUGGUGCACAGCGCGGGGUCGCGGUUGGGCUAUUCGGGUCUGGCGUGGUGGCUGCUCGCGUUCAUCUCCAUCUGCGGCGGAGUGGAGACGCUGUGGAUGCGCCGAACGAAGGCCAGCACAGUGAUGGACCGGCCGAUGGAAGAGGAUCCGGACAUCGAACGACCACUGUCGGCGCCGUUCCUUGGCUCGCACUCCUCUAUUUCGCGAUCCUCCCACCGUGUGUCGCCUGAGAAAGACGAUGGACCUCGCUAACCGGGGGAGGGCGACAUCGACGAUGGACAUAGAUCGGCGCAGGGAGGAGUAUGGACGACCCACGAACUGGAUUUCUAUUGACGGACUUAUUUCGCCGUUACACAACGGCAUCUUUUCGAUUCGGGG